GGAAAAACACAGGAAGAAGCGGCUAACAGUAACCCCCGCCUGGGAUGACCGGAAAGCUUACAGUUCGUCUUCGUCAUACAACAGGCUUUUGUAAUGCCCUACUUGUCCAGUAUCGGUUUCUCAAACAGUGAAGUAACUUGGGUGCUAAUGGCGGCUCCCCUCGCGGGGCUCCUCCUGCCGCUCAUUGUCGCCUCCAUCAGUGAUGGCUCUCGUAGGUGGCCUAUCCUCGGCAGCGGCCUCGGCGUCAUCGUGGCCUUGCUUUGUCUAGCCUGGGCUCAGGAAGCGAGCGCCCUCUUCCUUGGUGCCCUGCGCCUUGACUCGCCCAUCGCUGUCGUGACGGGAGGCAAGCUUGUUGCCGUUGUCGCCAUCUACCUGCUCAAUAUCGCCAUGCAACCCUUACACAUCAGUCUCCGCGCUCUGCUGAUGGACGUCUGCCCGCCACAGCAGCAGGCCACGGCGAGUCUUUGGAUCACGCGGCUGUCGUCCAGCGGAUCUGUACUCGGCACCGGCUUCGCUUUCUUCACGGAGCCGUCCUUCAAAAUUUUGUCUCUCAUCUGCUGCGCGGCAAUGUGCUUGCUUCUGGGUAUACACACCCUCCGUGCCCUUGAGUAUUACGCCAAGCAGCGGGAGGAGAUGAGCGGGAGGAGUGAGGUCAACAAGGCCUGGAACCUGCGCUCCAUGGUGUCAAAGAUGCGCCGUAUCGUCAAGAAGUCGAUGAGGCUGCCCGAAGUCACACGUAUCGUGUGCCGGACCCAGAUGUGGUCUUGGCUAGCCUGGUUUCCUGUGUUGUUCUACAUGACCACUGCGGUAUCAGAAACUUACAAGCGGGCCUCCGCAAAGCUGGGUCGAUUCCAUGUUGAUAAAACUGAAGCUGAAGUGGCAAGCGCUGGAUGUAUGCUCGUAUUCCACAGCGUGGUUCUUGUUACGACCGUCCUGAUGCAAAGCUUGUCUGGGACGGCGCUGUCACGUAAAGCCAUGGCGGCGAGCGCCUCCAGCCAUGAAUGUACCGCAUCGGAGAGAAAAAAAGGCUUGUAUCUCCUCGAAGCUCAGAACAGAAGGCUUUUCAAGGUUUGGUCUCUGGCGCUGACGACCACGGCCGGGACUCUUGCGGUAGCAGUGACGUCGGUGUUGGGCGGCGUUGAUAAAGCCGCGCCGUUGGUGCUCUCAUCACUCGGAGUACAGUUUGCCAUAUCCAACUGGAUUCCGUACGGGAUCAUCGCGACGGACCUCGCGGUCAAUGCUAGCGGACCUGAAGCUGACGCCGACGGCGGUAAGCUUGACGACGCGGCGGCCAUCCUGGCGAUCCACAACGGGGCGAUAUGUCUGCCGCAGAUAGCAUCCGCGGUGGCUUGCGGACUUUUCUUUCGCAUCAACGAAAGUAUUGGCCUCGUAAUGGAUGUGUUUUGGGUCUUUCUUCUGGUGACGCCAGUCCUGCUAAUGGCGGCGUACGGUUCGUGGCCUUGCACUCGGAGCAUGGGAGGCAUUUAGGCAGAGGGUGCUUGUGAUGGCCGAGGGUGGUGUUAUUCACAUGCAGAAGCAUAUAUUCUGUGUCGUAAAUAGCUUAGAAUAAUGAUUCCAGGUGCAGGAGGCGCAUAAAUAGACGUAAAUAUAUGUGCAUAGAUUGAUUGGGCAGCUACGUGCCAGGAGGGAAGACGAUGUCCUGGCUGGUGGAUUAGCCUGGAUCGAAAUUAG